CCCAGGAGGAGGAGGAGGAGUCUGCGCCGCUUUUUCUUCAGUCACUGUUUUGACUGGACUUGGAGGGGACGCGGAGAAAGAUUUCAGAGGCGAGCGACGGGUGCGGCGCGGGCAUGAGAUCAACAUAAUGGAAAACCAAGUAACUGAUUCUUCUGAAGAACGUACAUUUCAGUAUCAGAGUUCCUUACCUUCACUUCCUGUUCCUCCUCUGGAGGAAUCUCUAAAGAAAUAUCUUGAUGCAGUGAGACCUUUCCUAAAUCAAGAAGAAUAUCAAAGAACUCAGGACAUAGUCAAAAGAUUUGAGAAUGGCAUUGGAAAGGAGCUACAUCAAAAAUUACUUGAAAGGGCUACAGUGAAGAAAAAUUGGCUGGAAGAAUGGUGGCUGAAUGCAGUCUAUCUUGAAACUCGUUUACCAACACAAAUCUAUGGUAAUUUUGGAGGACCAGGCCCUUAUCUUGAACAUUAUUGGCCAAUUAAAGAAGGGACUCAGAUAGAAAGAGGAUGCAUAUCUGUCUGGCACACCUUGAAAUUCUGGGAACAACUGAGAAAGGAAAAGUUGGCUGUACAUAAAUCUGGCAAUAUGCCCCUGGACAUGAAUCAAUUCCGAAUGCUAUUUUGCACUUGCAAGGUGCCAGGCAUUGUUCAAGAUUCCAUUGCUAAUUAUUUCAGGGCAGAGAGUGAAGGUGAAUGUCCAUCUCACUUGAUAGUGUUGUGUCGAGGUCGAAUUUUUGAAUUCAAUGGUUUACAUGAUGGUCAUAUUCUGAGCCCACCAGAGCUUUCUAGGCAACUUUCCUACAUUCAGAAGAAAUGUCAGAAUGAACCUGAAGGGCCAGGAUUGGCUGCCUUAACAUCUGAAGAAAGAACCUCAUGGGCAAAGGCACGUGAUUAUCUUAUCAGCCUUGAUCCAAAGAACCUGUCUCUGUUGGAAACAAUACAGAGUAGCUUAUUUGCAAUAUGCCUUGAUGAUUCAAGUCCUCAAGCUACACCUGAAGAUUAUACAGAGAUCACCAAGUUGGCAGUAGCAGGGGAUCCAACAUUACGCUGGGGAGACAAAUCCUAUAACUUCAUUGCCUUCUCAAAUGGUUCUUUUGCCUCAAACUGUGAUCAUUCUCCUUUUGAUGCCAUGGUUUUGGUGGUCCUCUGUUCUUACAUUGAUUCCAAGAUUAUUGAAGGAGAAGGAAGAUGGAAGGGAUCGGACAAAGUGCGAAAUAUCCCUUGGCCAGAGGAGCUUGUGUUUAAGUUGGAUCAGAAGGUGCUAAAGAACAUUGCUCAUGCAAAGGAGAACUAUUACAGGCUGAUAUCUGACUUAGAGCUUGUGAAUUAUGCUUUUACAUCUUUUGGGAAAGCGCUGAUAAAGAAACAGGACCUUCAUCCUGAUACAUUUGUUCAGAUUGCCCUCCAAUUAACCUAUUACAAAUGUCAUAGACACCCUGGAUGCUGUUAUGAAACUGCUACAACCAGACAGUUUUAUCAUGGCCGGACAGAGACUAUGAGAUCAUGCACCACAGAAGCAAUUGAAUGGUGUAAAUCCAUGCUAGACCCUACAUUCACUCAAGGCCAACGAAAACAACUUAUGUUAAAGGCAUUUGCGAGACAUAAUAAACUGAUGAAAGAGUGUGAGAAUGGAAGAGGCUUUGACCGUCACCUUUUAGGCCUCCAGCUCCUGGCCAAAGAGCACAGUCUUCCAAUGCCAGAACUCUUCUUAGAUCCUGCUUUCACUAGAAGCGGGGGAGGUGGAAAUUUUGUGCUUUCGAGUAGCCUGGUAGGAUACACAAGGGUUGCAGGAGUCGCUGUUCCAAUGGUGAAGCAUGGUUAUGGCUUUUUCUACAGAAUUAGAGAUGACCGGAUUGUUGCUGCCUGUAGUGCCUGGAAGUCAUGCCCAGAAACAAAUGCAGAAAAUUUAUGUAAGGAAUUGUUCCAGACUUUUCAAGACAUGGUAAAAUUGAUGACCACAGCCCAGCUGUAGAAAAAAUACUGGAGUUCCAGUGCCAUUUUUUAAAUAUUACCCUAUCGACUGAAAAUUUGAGGAAUGAAAACCUUACCUAAAAGGAGUGAUUGAAGUGGACAUGGUAUUUAAUGACAGUUACUAUUUAAACUAGGCAUAAAUAAUGCAAAAUUCUACUGCAGUAUCAAUGCAAUAUUCUUUGAAUAGGUCUGCAACAGCAAUGCAAAAUAUGAUUAGAACUAUGCAACGAUAAACUAAGCUUAAAAAUGCAAGAUUGAUUGAAUCCAUAGUUUUUCCAUGGAAAGAAGUUUAAUUAUGUAACCUUGCUAGCAAUAAAGUAUACAAGAUCAUAUUCAAAUAAGCUUAAUUCAAUUUUUCACAAAUCGGUGCUUUCAGAAGUAUGCCACACUGGGGAAGCUUGCUUUGGUUUACUUCAGUGCAAAACUAACUUGAGGAACCAUUGCAGGAAUCAUGUUUCCUUUCUAAGUGAAAUGUGUAUCAUAGCUUUUAUAAUGUCUUGCUUUUAAAAGUAAUCCAGGAAAGUAUUAGAAUGCUUAUGAGUUUAUUUCAGGUACCUUGGGGCUGCACUUCUGUUUCAUACAGUGGGAUUGUUUAAACUCAGAGGCUUCUCUCUGACCGGGAAGUGAUCAUUAAAAAUACUGUGUAUCUUUACCACUUCAAAUGUAUAGCUCAGUAUGAUUCUCAGGACAGCAAGCAUUCUUUGUAUCUUGAGAAUGAGAAACUGUCAACAAUGCAAUUUCUUCUUCUUGAAAUAAAGCCAUUCCAAAGACCAAAAA